AUGACCAACCAUCAGGGAGGUGGGACCGGAGGAGGCCGUCGCGGACAACAGGGUCGACACGAGAUUGGAACGGCAGAGCCGGAGGAGGCCAUCGCGGACAACAGGGCCGACAAGAUGAGGGAACGGCAGAGUUCAUCUUAUAAUCAACCGAAACGCCGGAGAUGUGACCUUGUGGACUGCGGAGUCCAGCGACGAGCUGUAAACGCCGGAGAUGCGACCUUGUAG